CCCACUUUCCCCCUCUCUUCUUGUAAUUACCAGGUUUGAUGAAAGUCUGUAUUGUUGGUAAGAAGCAGAGAUGCUGUUGAUUGUGUGAGUGUGAGACGCUGGCGUGAUGAAUGAUCUGCUCGUAUUUCUCUGUGUGUUUGUGGAUUGGACCCGCAGUAAAGCGGAGAUGUCAGAAUCUGUCACGGUGCUGGAAGCCUUCAAGUUCAUCGAGAAAGCCGCCGCUGAGUUCAGCGAUGAAGACGAGGAUGACGACAGCGAGGGACAGAACAAAAGCAUCGUGGACCUCUCCACCAUGGUGAGGAGGAAGGUGUCUCCGUCUCCCUCCUCUUCCUCAGCUGAGAUGAGCGACGACAUGGACACGGACGAGGUUCUGAAGGACUUCGACUUCCUGGCCAACAAUGAGGACAUGGGAGGCUUCGCCCGGCGCGCCGUCCUCGGAGAGAGAGCGAUUGGGAGCCCCUCGUCUGAGUCCUGGGACGUGGAUGAGGGUCUGAUCUCUAAACUCAAGGAACAGUACAAGAAGGAGCGCAAGGGCAAGAAAGGGGUGAAGAGGCCGAACCGCUGUAAGCUGCAGGACAUGCUGGCUAACCUGCGAGACGCGGAGGAUCUGUCGUCCAUGCAGCCGCCGGUGGCUCCCUCCGUGCCGGACCCAGCCUGCCCGGCUCAACUGAGCCCCGCUGGACGCCACCUCUGGGACGCACCGACGAGGUUGGCGCUGUCCUCGGGAAAGUCCUUCAUCAUGGGGACGGACGAGGCGCUGGAGAGCGAGCUGGGUCUCGGAGAGCUGGCCGGACUCACCGUGGCCAACGAGGCCGAGAGUCUGUCCUACGACAUCACGAAUAAUAAAGACGCCCUGCGGAAGACGUGGAACCCCAAGUUCACACUCAGAAACCACUUCGAUUCGAUCCGCGGUCUUGCGUUUCACCCCAUCGAGCCGGUUCUGAUCACCGCGUCUGAGGAUCACACGCUCAAAAUGUGGAACCUGCAGAAAACCGCCCCGGCCAAGAAGUGCGCUGCUCUGGAUGUGGAGCCCAUCUACAACUUGAGGGUUUACAGGGGUCCGGUUCUGUGUGUGGUGAUGAGCUCCAGCGGUGAGCAGUGUUUCAGCGGCGGUUUGGACGCGAGCAUCCAGUGCUGGAACACGCCGAGCCCCAACAUCGACCCGUACGACUCGUACGAGCCGUCGGUGCUGCGGGGGGCGCUGUCGGGACACACAGAUGCGGUCUGGGGUUUGGUCUACAGCUCGGCUCAUCACAGACUGCUGUCGUGCUCCGCUGACGGGACGGUGAGGCUCUGGAGCGCAGCGGAUACUGCUCCCGCCAUCGCUGUCUUCAACGAGGACAAAGAGCUGGGCGUCCCGUCGUCGGUGGAUCUGGUGUGCAGUGAUCCGGCUCACAUGGUCACGGCCUUCACUAACGGCAGGACGGGCAUCUUCAACAUGGAGACCCGACAGCUGGUGCUGGAGCUCGAGUCGCAAGCCGCCGGAGAACCCGAUGCGCCGUGUCAGAUUAAUAAAGUGCUCAGUCACCCGACGCUGCCCAUCACCAUCACAGCACAGGAGGACCGCCACAUCCGUUUCUACGACAACAACACAGGCAAGUUGAUUCACUCUAUGGUCGCUCAUCUGGAUGCUGUCACCAGUCUUGCGGUGGAUCCUAACGGUCUCUAUCUGAUGUCUGGUAGUCACGACUGCUCGGUGCGUCUGUGGAACAUGGAGAGCAAGACGUGCAUCCAGGAGUUCACGGCUCACAGGAAGAAGUUCGACGAGUCCAUCAACGACGUGGCGUUCCACCCCACCAAGUGCUACAUCGGCAGCGCGGGAGCCGACGCCCUCGCCAAAGUCUUCGUAUGACCUCCGACCUCCGACCAAAACUGCCUCCACAAACUCAUGCGCGGUGAGGCCCGAACACGGACCCCGAACGGGACAGGAGGGCCGAGGCCGAGAUGAUCCGGGCAGGCCUGGGUGCUCGAGGGGAAGUCAGCAAACACGGAGGAACGCCAGAGGAAGCUCCAAACAUCUCCUCCGUUCGUCCUCACAGGAAGCUGGGUGCUGCCCACACUUCUCCUAGAGUUUCUCUUCUCCUCCGCCCCUCUCUGGUUUUCCCGUCUUGCGUUCGCUCCUUUUUAACGACGUGCCUUUUGCUUCAACACGCGGAUCCUCUCUGAGGGAAAACGAACCCCGUCGAUGUUUCAAACUUAAUAAAUGCGUCAAAUUAUUCGGACGGAAACUAAAGUUCGGUUACGUUUCUCACGCAGGGUCAAAAUCCUAAACGAAAACAGAUGAAAUGCAUUGAAUUAAAAGACUCAAAUUUAAUGCUUCAGAUCCUGUCGCUAAUUAAAACGAAUUGUACAUAAUAUAACAUAAAAAUAACUCAGAAAAAGUACUAAAUUUCUACAUGUUUGUGUCUAAAUAUAAAUCCUGCAUCUUCGGCUCAUUUCGCCCCAAAAUCGAGAAAGCAAAGCCUGCUUCAAGCUUCUUUUUUUUUGCAUUGUGACAUUGUUUAUAAAAUGUCAGAACGUUAAACAAACUAUAAGAUCUGAAAACAGGCUUCACAUUCUUCAUAAUUUCCUCUUUCGUUCUUGUGAUUUUGUGGCGAAACACAUCCCUUGAGAUUCAAGCGUCGACUCGAAACACUCCGUCAGAUCCAGCGCUGCGUUUAAUAUCCAAGCUGUUAUUUUAGGCAUAAACCUGCAGUUUCUCCUGAGGGUCUGUUCUGUGAAAUCAUCCCAACAUACUGAUCUUGAGACAACAUCUCGAUUUAGAGCCGUUUCUGAAUAUUCGUUGAACUUCGUCAAAGUGAUAAUGCGCAGAAGUCUUAUAAUAGUUUGAAUGUGUUGCAGUUUUUGACAAGCUGUA